AUGUCUAGUAAUCCUGAUGAAUUUUCCAAGAAAACAAACUAUACUAAUCAUUUAUUUAUGAAUAAUUUGAAAGCUAUUUGGCCUGCUCCAUUAAUUGUACCACCUCCAUGGGUACUUUUACGUAUAGUUCAAGAAAAGUCUGAUAAUUUAAGUAGAUUAUUUAAUAAUGAUAAAUUGCAUGAAAAACUCAGUGGAGAAAAUCGUGCAUUAUCCUUGAUUAAUGAGGUGAAAAUUAGUGACAAUCAAAUCACUGGACUCGAUAAAACUUCGCCAACUGUUUCAAAUAAUAUUUCAUCACUUUCUACAAAUGUUCACAAUUCUGUUAGUAGCACUCUUCAACUUAUAAAAGGCAAUCGAAAGAUAUCUAAAGAAGUAAUUAACAAAAUCGAUAAUAUUGAACGUGGACGUGAACGCAGUUACAGUUGCCCACAGUGUGCGAAAUGUUUCACUUCGAAUUCCGGAUUAAAACAACACAUGCAUAUACAUGCGUCAUUCAAACCAUUCACUUGUCAGGUAUGUCAUAAAGCUUAUACACAAUUCAGUAAUCUAUGUAGACAUAAACGUUUACAUAAACGUUGUCGACAAAAACCAGAUUGUUUAUCAUGUGGAAAUGAAUUUGCCAAUACUUAUUCAUUAUUAAAACAUCAAGUUUUAACAUCAUGUGGUAAUAAUUCAUUAUAUAACAAUCAUACAAAUAAAACUACUGAUAACAAUGAUAGUAGUAAUAUGAAUUAUGCUAAUAAAAAUGUCAAUUUAAGUAAUGAUAACAAUUUGUGUAAUGAUAGAAAAUCAAUUUAUCAUACAAAAUCUUGUAUUGAAUUAAAACAAAAUGAUGAAACUGAUAACAAAUAUAAAAAUAGUAAAUUAAACUCCAUUGAAUCAUUUAAUCCUUAUAAUAAUUCAAUGAAAACUAAUAUAAAUAAAGAAACUUCACAUAUUCAUAAACAUGAUACAUUUUAUAAAGACUGUAAUGAAUUAAAACAAAUUAAAAAAUAUACAAAGAAUUAUAAUCAUUUAAUAGAAACAUUCACAUCGAAACUUAUUCAUAACUCUUAUGAUGUUGAAUCGAUGCAUUUAAAUGAAAUACAUCUGAAGAGUGAUGACAUGAAGUAUGAAUAUGAAAGAAAUAACUAUAUAACAAAUUAUGGAAAAGAUAUCAAAACGGAGUCAAUUUUAUUAACUCGUCAUGAUCAUAAAUUAGAUAACGUUGAAUUUAAGAAAAUAAAUAAUACCUCAGAUCCAAUGGAUUUAUCUUAUACAAGCAUCAUCAAAAAAUAAACACACAAAAUUAUUCUCAUAGUCCUAUCUCUAAUAAAGGAAAAUUUGAAGAAAAUUAUGAUUUUAAUAAUGAUUCUGUCAAAUCAUUUAUUAGCACAGAUAAACAAUUAAUCAAAUCAGAUACAAAGAGUAAUACAUUGACAUUUAUGAAAAAUAAUUUAUAUGAUAAUGAAUUUCAAUACCUUUAUGGAAUUGUAAAUCUUGCAAUGUGUACAGCUCAACAGUCUUUGAUGAAAUCUAUGAAUCAUCAAAAACAACAAAUUGAAGGAUCUAUUGAACAUUUUAAUCUUAAACAACAUUCAAAUGAUGAACAUUGUGUGAAAAAUUUAUCGUCUAUGAUUUCAACGAAUGAUCUAGGAAGAUAUUCAUUUCUUUCAUCUCAUAAUUACUUAUAUGAAAAUUAUUACACAUGUAAUGUUUGUCAUAAAAAAUUUCCACGUGCAGCUAAUUUAAAUCGACAUAUACGUACACAUACAGGAGAACAACCAUAUCAAUGUCCACAUUGUGAUCGACUUUUUAGUAUUUCAUCGAAUAUGCAAAGACAUGUAAGAAAUAUACAUAGUAGAAAUAAUUUAUUCAUUAAAGACAGUAAGUAACAGUUCUAUGUGACUGUACAAAACAAACUAUUUUAAUUUCAAUUUUAAGAAAUCAGAUUACUGUAAUUAAUGAGUAGGCUUUCAGUAACCACUAUUGGAUUUUAUUUGUUAGCAUCAUUAUGAACAGUAUAUUUUCCUCAAAAUAUCUUGUACAAUUGCACAUUAUAAACAAAUUUGAUUAUACAUACUUAAUAUUGAAUAAAGCAUGAAAUAUUUCGUUAGUAACAAUGAAUGAAUACUACAAGACCUACUGAAUAAUAUCC